CGCAGUCUCCCACUAGACCUCACCCCGUUCUGUAUUCAUCUCUGUAUUCAUCUCCUCUUCCCGCCGCGCAUCACUGAACUAUCCCCCGCACCGUCACUUUGAGCAACAAUGCCGGACAUGAAAGAGUACCCGAUGAUCGAGGUCGCACGCCACUCAACGGCCGAUUCUUGCUGGCUAGUGAUCGACGGCAAGGUGUACGACACCACGGACUUCCUGCUGGAGCACCCAGGAGGCGACGAUAUCGUGGUCGAGUCGUCCGGGCGCGACGCCACGCGCGAGUUCGAGGACGUGGGCCACUCCGGCGAGGCACGCGCGCAGCUGGAGGACCUGCUCAUCGGCACGCUGCGCGACCCCACGCCCGAGGAGACCGAGCGCGCCGAGGACGAGGCGCGCAAGAGCGGGGAGAAGCCCGCCGCUGCCGAUGCGGGAAGCGCAAUGUUAAAGACCAUCGCCGGCUGGGUGCUGCCGAUCGUCCUCGUCGGGCUCGCCUACUUGCUCCGGAAGUACGCAAAGUAACGCGGGGGGGGAGGGCAGUGAUGAGCCGGAGAUUUGUAUAACUUAGGCCGAACACGCACCGGCAGAUACACCUUUAAGAAGACUUGACUCUACACAAGCCCGUAGCCUCUACUGAACCUCUCUACACAAGCACUUCUACAUGCCGACGUUGACGCUGCCAGGCUUCGUCUUUUGUAUCUUUUCAAAAAUCCCCUGCACAUCACUCUCUG